AUGAUGAAGUUUAUGUCCAGUUUACUGUCAAGAUUAUUGCAUGCAUACACCAAUUCAAAAACCAAUAGUAAUUCGUCCGAAGAGGCGCCCAUUAACUCUAUACCACGUGAGGUGUUUACGGAGAUAUUAGCGAAAGUUGCAUCUGCAUCUUUGGUCGAUCACUUCAACGCAAACCAAAGUUGUAAACUUUUCCAUGAGGCUGGAAGCGAUAAUCUCAUCUUUCAACAUGCUUCUGUCGAACAACUACCAAUAAUCCAAUGGUACCCGAAGCCCGAGGUUGCUACAUUCUUGAAACAAUGUGAAGAAGCGCAGAACCCAGAAGUUCUGUAUAGGAAAGGAAUGGUGGAAUUCUUCCAUAACAAUGAAACUGAAUUAGGGAAAGAGUUAUUGCAGAAAUCAGCAAAUCUCGGGCACGUAGUUGCUGCGUAUGUUCUUGGUAUCAUAUUAAUUGAUGCUGGUGAUGAUGAAGAUGAUGUUCUCAGGGGGAAACAAUUACUGACACAAAAAAGCAGGUGCACGGGAAAGAGAUCAAGAAAUGGAGAGAUUGAAGAGUGUCGAAAGAAAGCAAAGAAGAGCAUUGGUGGAAUGUGGGUAAAUAACUCGUUAAGUGGUGCAAAGAAAUAUAGCUGCAAUAAUAUAGAGUACACAGCCAGAAAUCAAACUGACGAAGCGGAAAAUCAAGUGCUUGAAUGCGAAACAUGUAAUUGCAACAAAGAACUAGCUUAUUUUUAUGAUAUGUUGGGUAUCAUGAACAACUAG